GUCUUUGCACUAGUUGUUGUUUUCUCCUUUGGGCGGCAACCGCACAAGAAAACCCGAAGUUUCCUUUACUUUCAGUACGCUUUGUACGUUUGCUCAUAUAUAUCCAAUUCAUUCCUUUAUUCUCAUGGCUUCUACAAGCAAUAUUAAUCCUCAAGAUGCGAAGGGUAUUGAAUAUACAUCGUCUGAUGAGAAUGUUCUGCAAAAGCACGUCGCCUUCUUUGAUCGGAAUCACGAUGGCUUGAUUUAUCCAUGGGAGACCUAUGAAGGAUUUCGUGCAAUAGGAUGUGGUGUUCUGUUAUCGACUGUGGCUUCCAUUUUCAUCAAUGUCGGACUUAGCCACAAGACUCGCCCCGGAAAGUUCCCUUCCCCACUAUUCCCAAUUGAGGUUAAGAACAUUCAGAGAGGCAAACAUGGGAGUGAUUCUGGUGUCUACGACACUGAAGGAAGGUUUGUUCCAUUGAAGUUCGAAGAGAUAUUCAUAAAGCAUGCGCGCACACACCCUGACGCCUUGACCUCCGAUGAACUGGAGCAAAUGUUGAAGUAUAACAGAGAACCAAAAGAUUACGGCGGAUGGAUUGGUGGCCUGACUGAAUGGAAAAUCUUGUAUUUUCUUUGCAAGGACAAGAAGGGUUUGCUUCACAAGGACACAAUCAGGGGUGUUUAUGAUGGAAGUCUCUUUCAGCGUAUGGAGGAGGAAACUAAAUCCAAUAAAAAAGAAAAUUAAGUAGAAUAUAUAAUUAAAUGUACCCUUCUGCAUAUAUUGGAGGUGGUACCUUUGUGUUUUUUUUUAAAAAUAUUUUCAUUAUGUCUAAUUUAUCUUUUUAUGUGUCGUUUUUAUAGUAAUAUAAUAUUGAAAAAUAGAAGACAUUAAUUUAAAUUUUUUUACUUUGUCCAUUAAAUAUUACAAUAUUGUUCUUU